AUGCCCCACCUCACAGUGUGCAAGCGACCGCUCAGCUGGACUUUGACUCUGGUGCUGGGGUAUCUCUUUUAUCUCCUCCUGGGGGCCACGGUAUUUCAGCUGUUGGAAAAACAGGCAGAAACCAAGUCUCGGGACCAGUUCCAACUGGAGAAACUCAAAUUCCUGCAAAACUAUACCUGUUUGGAUCGACAAGCCCUGGAACAGUUUGUGCAGGUCAUCAUGGAAGCAUGGGAGAAUGGUGUCAACCCAGAAGGAAAUUCAACCAAUCCCAGCAACUGGGACUUCAGCAAUAGCUUCUUUUUUGCGGGAACUGUUGUCACCACCAUAGGAUACGGAAACCUGGCCCCCAGCACUGUAUCUGGGAAGGUGUUUUGUGUAUUCUAUGCCUUAUUUGGGGUACCCCUUAACCUGGCAUUUCUUAAUCAGCUGGGAAAAGGACUUAGUGCUCGCCUGAUCAACCUGGAGAGAUGGGUCCACAAGCCAAGCCAAGCCCGGGUGGCACAGACUCUGGCAAUGGGAUUCUUUCUAACAGCUGGGAGUUUGCUUUUUCUGGUUUUUCCACCAAUGAUCUUCAGUUAUGUGGAAGGUUGGAGUUACGGAGAAGGUUUCUACUUCACCUUCAUCACCCUCAGUACCAUUGGAUUUGGAGACUAUGUUGUAGGCACAGAUCCCAACAAGCACUAUAUCUCAAUAUACAGAAGCCUGGCAGCAAUUUGGAUUGUUUUUGGCUUAGCUUGGCUUGCUCUGAUCUUCAACCUAGGGGCUAACCUGAUGGAGAAGUUCCUGCAACUUAAUUGGCAAAGGCGUGAUCCAGGCACUGAAGAGACCCCUGUUGCCAAAUUAGAGGAAACCCCUGAUCAUCCCAGGAUCCAUAUACCCAGCUGAGAGUGGCUAAUGGACUGGCAUCUUUAAAAAGAAACAGAAAGCACUUCCAUGCCCCCUUCCCUUAUGCCUACAGAGCAAUGUUUGCAGGUUGGUUUUGUAUCAAACCCAUAAGGGAAAGGUGAUUUUUCAGAAGAAAUCCUUGACAUUGUGAAGAGAACAGGCAUGAAGCCUUUGAAGCAAAAUGAAAGGGAAAUGCCUACAUGUUUUGCACCCAAGUAACCCUUCAAAAAUUUCUUCACAGGCUAUGUGCAACUAUUAGAUUAUAUCAUCAGGGAUGGUUGGUUCCAUUCUGCUCUGCAGCUGUUCGACACAGCUGGCUCCAGAAGGAGUGAAAGGCUGCACCAUUAGCGCUGCUGCAGAUCCUUUGUAGGAAUGACUUUUUUCUCCG